CACUUGUCAAUGUAACGUUGAUAACAUUUUUGUCAAAGAUAUUUCUAACUUACACAUUUUUUAUUUUGUCAAUUUAUACAUGGACACCAGUCUUAUUGGUUUAGCAGAAUUAUGUAAACCCAAACCGAAAAAAAAAUCCCAGAUUAAAUACGUAACGCCACAGCAACCAUUUGUAAAGAUUAGAGAAAAGGGCACCUUAAACACUAUACCCUUCCAUGAAGGUUACGGAAGAAAGGAGAUUAAUACGACCUAUUAUCGUACAGGGAGCUCCUAUGUUGGAUCGGUGGAUCGUCUUGGUUUUUCUGGACGAGGUGUUUAUAAAUACCCUCAUGGAGUUGUUUAUGAAGGAGAAUUCUUAGAUGGCCAGUUUCAUGGACAAGGUGUUUUAACUUACCCAAGAGGUCAAAAACUCGAAGGUAAAUGGUACAAAGGGAAACUGAUGUCGAGCACGUUCAAAACGGGUGAACAUGGUGACAUCGAGUUCAAAGAGGACGAGUUCCUGGUGUUUCCGGUACGCGUUGAAGAUAACGAAACAGACGAGAACGAUAUGCUGAUAUGUAACGAACUGGAACUGGCUCAUCCGAAGCACGAGAUUCCCGAGGGAUGUUACGAUACCAGCGAUGGAUAUUUCGAUCCUUAUACGUACGUGGUUUAUAAUUAUAAUGGCGAAACGAAACGUGUCGCUACUGUCUCGGAAGGAGAACUGAUUUUAAACAAAUACAGACAAGAAGCAGACGCGCCUGUCGGUUACUUACCGAAUAUGUACGAAUAUUGGACCUCGGGCCGUGCAUCGGAAAUCCAAGCCAUCAAAAAGAAUUAUGAAAAAAAAGCCGAAGAGCAAUCCAAUUUAGGGGAAUCCACACCGGACAUGUCUAUGUAUUCGUGCAACUUCUUGCCAAAUUUGAUUUAAUACUUAUUUAAUAAUAUAAGAUUUAGAUAAAUAAAAUAAGUAUUAGUUCAUAUAUUGCUGUAUUUUUAUCCUGGCAUAA